AAGUGCACCAGUGCUCCGUGCUCACCAUCCACAAGCACACACGAUCGCGCACGCACGAGCGGCGGGAGCGGAAGCCAUGCCUCCCCUCCUCCUCCCGGCCUCGCCGUCGUUAUCGCUACACUUCGCCGGUGCCGCUGCCGCUACCGCUGCCGCUACCGCUGCGUCGUCCUCCCGCCGCGCCAUGGUCGCUGUGGCGUCCGCGGCGUCCAGGAGCUCGUCGUCGUCCUCGUUCGACGCGUCCGCCUUCGAGGCCGAGCGGCUCCGCCUCGACGCCGACGCGCGGGCCUCGAUGGAGACCACCGCCGCGGGAGCGCAGGCGGAGGCGGACCCUAGGGCGUGGAAGUGGAAGAUACGAAAGCGGGUGUGGGACGUGCUCGAGGCCGAGGGCGUCGCGCGCAACCCGCGCCCCGUCCACCACCGCAUCCCCAACUUCGAUGGCGCCGCCGCCGCCGCCGAUUCGUUAGGGAGGUUGGACGUGUUUCAGAAUGCACAAUGCGUGAAGGUCAAUCCAGAUUCGCCGCAGAAGCAAGUUCGAUUCGUAACACUCUCAGGCGAUAAGAAACUUCUGACCCCGCAACCACGGCUCAGGACGGGGUUCUUCUCCGCUCUAGAAUCUCAGAUGAUACCCGCUGGAUGCAUUCCUGAAGCAUGCACUUCUGUUGGCGCAGCCAAAUAUGGAAGGCCGAUAGGUCUAGAUGAAGUGAUUAAAGUGGAUCUGUUUGUGAUUGGGUCGGUUGCAGUUGAUCCAAGCACGGGAGCACGACUAGGGAAGGGUGAGUGCUGCUUCUUUAAUGAAGAAACAGUAGGGAAAGCCUCUACUGCGCCAUUUUCCUUUCAUAAAUGGAGAACUAUACAAACGGGAUUUGCAGAGCUGGAAUAUGGGAUGCUUCGUUAUAUGGGAGCUAUAGAUGAUUCGACCAUGGUAGUAACAACUGUACAUGACAAGCAAUUAGUGGAUGACAUUCCAGUUGAAAAGCUGCUAAUUCAUGAUGUACCGGUUGAUAUUAUCUGCACCCCAACUCAGGUCAUCUUAACAAAUACUGCAAUCCCAAAGCCACAAGGGAUUUACUGGGAAAAACUAUCUCCCGAAAAAUUGGGCCAAAUUCGAAUUCUAAGAGAGCUGAAGAGACGCAUAGAGCAAGAGACAGGAACAAUACUUCCUUGUGGGCCAUCUGAGAAUCUACCACCAACAGCUCAGCGAAGAAGAAGAGGGCGGUAACUAAGUGUGUUCGCGUUGGAACAGUCAAAGCGCACAUGUGUCCCGGCGCUGAUGCGGCAUUACGUGAUUGGCUCUUGCGUCUUUUGUCCUUCACUAGGAGAGUUGUGACCAAUUUGUCGAAGUCACUUAACUAAAUUGUGGUUUGCGCGGAAAAAUGAAGAAGGAAAAGAUGACAGGUUGUGAACGCUGAAAUCUAAAAUUCAGCCGAAUGAUCUAGCCACCUUAUCCAAAAGUUCCCUAAUUUGAACGUGUGAAUGGAUUCUUUGUCUCCUGUA